UUGGCGCGUUUUUCAAAGACUCCUUCAAAACCGCUGACUCGCGGAUAGUGCAGCGCGCGCUGAGAUUUUUAUUAUUAUUAUUAUUUUAAUACAUAUAUUUUAUUUUAUUUGUAUCAGCGUGCGUCUUUUCCUCUUGCCAUGGCUACUCCUCCGAAGAGAAUGUGCUCCCGUCCUGACUUCGACAGCAGCUUUGAGAAAAGAGCGAAGAAGAUAUCGAUUGAAGGGAACAUUGCCGCAGGCAAGUCGACCUUUGUGCGGUUGCUGGAAAGAGAAUCAGAGGAAUGGGAAGUCAUUCCCGAACCCAUUGCCAAGUGGUGCAAUGUUCAGACUACAGAGGACGAGUGUGAGGAGCUGACUACAUCCCAGAAGAGUGGGGGAAACCUGCUGCAGAUGUUGUAUGAUAAGCCGAGCCGCUGGUCCUACACCUUUCAGACUUACGCUUGCCUGAGUCGUGUCCGUGCCCAGCUACAGCCUGCCUCUGCCAAGCUGCAACAGGCUGAACAUCCAGUCCAGUUCUAUGAGCGCUCGGUUUACAGUGACAGAUACGUUUUUGCUUCGAACCUGUUCGAGUCCGGAGACUUGAAUGAGACAGAGUUUGCCAUCUACCAAGACUUUCAUGGCUGGCUCCUCUCUCAGUUUGAGUCUGACCUUGAGCUUGAUGCCAUAAUCUAUUUGCGGGCUGAUCCUGAGAGGUGUAUGCACCGUCUUAAACACCGAGGUCGAGAGGAAGAGCAGGGGAUUCCUCUGGAGUACUUGGAGAAACUUCACUAUAAACAUGAAUGUUGGCUGUAUAACAGAACUACACAGCUUGAUUUUGAGUACCUGAAGGAUCUCCCUGUUCUGGUGCUGGAUGUUAAUGAUGACUUCAAGCAAGACAGAAUUAAACAGCAAGAGGUGCUCGACAAGGUGAAGGAGUUCCUGUCUACACUAUAAUUUUUAACAGUGUGUGUGUGUGCUUUUUUUAUUUUUUAUUUUACAUCUAUGUAUUUCAAAUACAGAUGCAUUAUGUAUUGCAUGCUUUAAAUUACAAUCACCAAACAAGUUUUUACAAUGAAACGACCAUGGUGACCUCCGACAGUUUAUUCAGGGCUGUAACUGGAUAUGAAUUCCUAUCAUAUUGUUUUUGAAAUAUGGCAGAGCAUGCUUUUAAAUUGUAAAUAUGUAUUUAUAUUUCUUCUUUCUUUUUUUGCUGUUUUAUUUUGGUGCUUUGUGAGUUGUUGUUUUAUAUACGUAUUUUACAAAAAAAAAUUGCCCUAACAUGGCAAUAAAAAAAAUACAAAUAUAUAAUAAAAUGUGUUGGUCUUUA